CCCGGCCCGUGGAUUCACUUCCUAGGUCAGGGACUCGGGGAGACACGCGUGGGACCCCCGGGAGCCGGCGGGGAGACACGCGUGGGACCCCCGGGAGCCGGCGGGGUUCAUUACAACAGCUUUGGAGAAUUUCAAGUAUCUUUGGGACGUUCCGUUCAAGUCUCCUGAAUGUUCCAGGGUUGUCCCCAUGGAGGAUGCUGCCGUGCCUCUCGUCCCGGUUCCGACAGCCUGCGGUGGGGACACCACGAAGAGGGACAGGGACGCCGAGGUCCCGUCAGAUUUGGAGUCACUCAAGGAGGAGGAGAAACGGCAGCAGGAUGCUCCUGAGCAAGCGGAUGCACCGGUGGAACCCCCAACCUCCAGCCAGCAGCAGUCCCCACGGACCGAAGCCGGGGGAUCCCCGCUCCCGGGGGACAACGGGAGCGACGAGGCACCCAACACCUGCCGGGAAUGCGGGAAGAGCUUCCGUCGCCGCUCGGCCUUGGUGAACCACCAUCGGAUACACACGGGCGAACGACCCUUCAGCUGCCCGGAUUGCGGGCGCCGCUUCAACCGUCGUUACAACCUGAUCACCCACCGACGCAUCCACACCGGCGACAAGCCCUGCAAGUGUCCCGACUGCGGGAAGAGCUACCGCGCCAGUUCCACCCUCAUCCGCCAUCAGAAGACGCACACGGGCGAACGACCUUACCGGUGCGAGGAGUGCGGGAAGAGCUUCAGGCACAGAUCCACGUUGACCAUCCAUCACCGCGUGCACUCGGGGGAGAGGCCCUACAAGUGCCCCGAAUGCCACAAAAGCUUCAAGAUCAGCUCGGAGUUGGUGCGGCACUGGCGGACCCACACCAGCGAGAGACCCUGCAAGUGUUCCCAGUGCCACAAGAGCUUCAAGAGCAGCUCGGAGCUGGUACGGCACUGGAGGACCCACACCGGCGAACGACCCUACGAUUGCUCCCAAUGCGGGCGACGGUUCAGCGACAGCUCCCAACUGGCGCGGCACUGGAGGACCCACACCGGAGAACGACCCUACAGUUGCUCCCAGUGCGGGCGACGGUUCAGCGACAGCUCCCAACUGGUACGGCACUGGCGGACCCACACCGGAGAACGACCCUACGAUUGCUCCCAGUGCGGGAGACGUUUCGGUGACGGCUCCCAGCUGGCGCAGCACCAACGGACGCACGCCGUCAAGCACAAGCAUCCCUACCCAACUUGCGGGAAGAGCUUGUCCAACCAUCCCAGGCUCGCCAAGCACCGACAGAUACACGCCGGUGAGAAGGAUCUGCACUGCCCCGACUGCGGCAGAGGCUUCAACCGUCGCUCCAGCCUCCUGGUUCACCAGCGAUCCCACCUGGAGCAGAAACCCUAUAUUUGCCUGGAUUGCCCCAAAAGCUUCACCUGCAGCUCCCAGCUCAUCCGGCAUCGGCAGAUCCAUAGCGAGGAGAAGCCUUAGGGUUGCGCCGAGAGAUUUUUUUUUUUUUUUUUGUGCAGAGCCGGUCUCGUCUCGCACCGGUUGAAGGUGGGGACCACCCCAACCGGGGACCGUCCCCAUCCUGGUGGCGUCUCAGACCGACCUACACAUCACGGUGGUCUCUGGUGGUAGCACCGAGGGGCAACCAACCCAUCCACACACAUCCCACCAGCUACCAUUUUUCUUUCCCUAUAUGUUUUUAUAUAUAAAGGGUUUGGGGUUUUUUUUGGGGGGGGGGGUGUUAAAAGACACCCCCAUCCUCUGUUUUUUUGCCUUAGAUUGUAGAUGAGGGGAAGGGAGGGUGGGGAGACCCAUGAGCUUCACACAAGAAAAAAGAAAUCAUGGUAAAAUGGGGUUUUUUCUAGAUGUCACAGUUCAAUUUCUUUAAUUUUUCAAACCUCUUUUGGGUCUUUUUAAGGGGCGGGGAUGGAUUGAGAGAAAAAUCACAUCCGAAAUAAAAGUAUUUGCGCGUUG